AUGUGGACAACCACCUCUGGCCUUCGGGGCAGGAAGCUCCGUCUUGCCAUCACCUUCACUUCGGUCAUCGGUUUCUCCCUCUUCGGUUAUGAUCAGGGUUUGAUGUCCGGUAUCAUCUCGGGUAACCAGUUCACCCAGGAGUUCCCGGCGCUCUUCAUUCCUAGCAAGAGCUCUCCCGACUACUCUGCCUCCUACUCUCAACAUGUCUCCGUCCUCCGUGGUGCCGUCACCGCGUGCUACGAAUUGGGUUGUUUCUUCGGUGCCAUAUUCACCCUGUGCUUUGGUGAGCGCAUCGGUCGUACGCCUCUGCUAGUCGCCGGUGGUAUCCUCAUGAUCGUCGGCACUGUCAUCUCCAGCGCCGCCUUCGGCCCGCAUUGGGGUCUGGGGCAAUUCGUCGUGGGUCGUGUCGUCUCGGGUCUCGGCAACGGUAUGGACACUGCCACCAUCCCCGUCUGGCAGUCUGAAUGUUCUCGCGCCCACAACCGUGGUUUCCUGGUCUGCUUCGAGGGUGCCAUCAUCGCUGUCGGUACCUUGAUCGCCUACUGGAUCGACUUUGGUCUGUCUUACGUCGAGAGCUCCGUCCAAUGGCGAUUCCCCGUGGCCUUCCAGAUUCUCUUCGCCAUCCUCGUCAGUGUCGGCGCUAUGAUGCUUCCUGAGUCUCCCCGUUGGUUCGUCAUGCAGGGCAAGGAUCAGGAGGCCCUGGAGGUGUUGGCCGCGCUCAACGACAGCUCUCCCGAUGCCGAGGACGUGCUCGUCGAUUUCAACAUGAUGAAGGCCGACUUCAACGCCGAGAACGGUGCCAAGGCCAGCUGGAAGACCUUGUUCACUGGCGGCAAGACUCAGGAGUUCCAGCGUAUGAUGAUCGGUUGCUCCGGUCAGUUCUUCCAGCAGUUCACCGGUUGCAACGCCGCUAUCUACUACUCCACCUUGCUGUUCGAGCAGAACCUGGGCAUGAAGCACCGUCUGUCUCUGAUUCUGGGUGGUGUCUUCGCCACUGUCUACGCCUUGGCGACCAUCCCCUCCUUCUUCAUGAUUGAGAAGGUCGGUCGUCGCAAGCUCUUCCUCAUCGGUUUCGCUGGUCAGGGUCUGUCCUUUGUCAUUACCAUGGGUUGCUUGAUCGCCGGUGGCCAGGGCCCUACCAAGGGCGCCGUCGUCGGUAUCUUCCUCUUCAUCUGCUUCUUCGCGUUUACCACGCUGCCCCUCCCCUGGAUCUACCCUCCCGAGAUCAACCCUCUCCGCACUCGUACCAUGGCUGCCGCCGCCUCCACCUGUACCAACUGGAUCACCAACUUUGCCGUCGUCAUGUUCACUCCCGUCUUCUCCGACGCUUCCCCUUGGGGUAUCUACCUCUUCUUCGCUCUGGUCAACUUCAUCGGCCUGCCCUUCGCGUGGUUCUACUACCCUGAGACGGCCGGUCGUGACCUGGAGGAGAUGGAUCUUAUCUUCGCCAAGGCUCACAUCGAGAAGAAGUGGCCCUACCAGAUCGCCCAGACUCUUCCCAAGCUCUCUCCUGGGGAGAUUGCUUCCAUGCUCCGCGAAGUCGGUCUGGAUUCCUCGGACCCUCGCCACUCUGCCGAGCACGAGAAGGCCGAGAUGGCCAUGUCAAGUGGAAACUCGGACAACGAGAAGAACUAA